AUGGUCUAUGACCCGUGGACGGGAUAUCUCGUCACCGGCCCUUCAGUAUCAGCAGCAAAUCGCUUUUUCCUGUGCUCGGGCCAUUGGGAUGAACAGCAUCCUCUUUCCCUUGGACCAACUAUUGAUAUCAUACUCGUUAGGGACUUGUUCCGCUUCUGCAUUACUACUGCCCAAGAACUGAGUGUUGACUCCGCGUUCACAGAGACACUGCGAGUUGCACUGAACCGGCUGCCGCCAUUGCAAAUAGGCCAAAAGGACCAACUAGAGUGGCUUGAAGACUAUGAAGCACAACCUCAGCACCGCCAUUUGUCGCACACCCUUGCCCUCUGCCGCUCCAAUCGGAUCAGCGCGCAGCUCAACCCGGUUCUUGCGGCCGCCACAAGGACCAAUCUGACAAAUCGCCAAUCACGAGCUGAUAUGGAGGACGUCGAAUUCACAACGGCGCUUCUAGGGUUUAACUUUGCCCGGUUGAACGACGGGCAGUCUGCACUCUGGCAGCUGCGCCACCUGAUCAGCGAUCUCUCGUUUGAUAAUCUUUUGACAUACUCUAAGUCUGGUCUCACGGGCGCGAAUAAGAACAUCUUCGUCUUUGACGGAAACAUGGGUGGCACAGCUCUCAUUACUGAGAUGUUGAUGCGGAGGAGCAGCAUCAGUGAGAUCGAACUGCUGCCGGCACUGCCCACCGCGUGGUACGACGGCUCUGUCCAAAGCUUGCGAGCGAGAGGGAACGUGACUGUUAGCCUAGAGUGGAAGGAGGGGAAGCUGGUUUAUGUAAAUCUCAGCGCACUAUCGCCGGUGGGAGUGGUAGUACAUUAUGGCAUUCAUGGGAGGGAGAUCAACUUCGCAACGAACACAACGGUCAGGUUGGAUGGGUGA